AUGGCGUCGCCACCCACACCCACCGCCGGCGCCCUGCAGCCGCCACCGUCUUGCAGCCGUGCUGCGCCCGCCUCUGCUGCCGGCCCUGCUUCCUCGCGCCUCCCUCUCCUACACCGCAUCGCUGGAUCGCCGCCGCCUCUGCCUCCGGCCGCCGCCAGCGAGCAGCUCCGCCGGAGCCAUGCCCCUUCGCUGUCGUGUCGCCUUGCCUUCCUCAACCGACCGCGGCCCUGGCCUUCGUCCCCGUGCCCGAACCUCCAUGAAGCCGCCUCUGCCAAUUUCUUCUGGGCGCGCCGCUGCCUGGACCCGCCGCCAUCGGUGACCAUCGACGCGCCGCCGCGGCCCUCCUCUGCUUCAGCUCCUUCAAAAGAGCUCCGAGUCGCUGCCCCGACGUGCCCCCUCAUCGUCGCCUUACUGGUGCCGGACCCCGAGUUCGCCUUCCUCCCCGAUAGCGCUCGAGGGCCCCAUGUCGGCAUGGCAUCUGCCUGA